CCUCCGCCUUCCUCCUCCAAAACAAACACCGAGGCAAAGAUCAGAAGAAGAAGAAGAAGAUCAUCGCAGGAACCAUGGGUGUCACCAACACCAAUGAACAACAAGCCCCCGAUAGAACCCAAGAGGUCCGGCAAUUUGAAGACUCCAAGCUCGGCGUCAAGGGCCUCCUCGACUCGGGCCUCGCCACCCUCCCUCCCCUCUUCAUCCACCCACCCGACAUUCUGUCCAGCCUCAAGCCUGCCGGGGCCAAGCCCAAAUCGAUCCCGACCGUUGACCUCUCUGGCUUCGACUCUAACCGGCGACCCUCGGUCGUCGAGGAGGUCGCGCGUGCCGCUCGCGAGUUUGGCUUCUUCCAGAUAGUCAACCACAGCGUGCCCACGGAGGUCCUAGACCGAAGGAUCACGGCACUGAAAGCGUUCCAUGAGCAGCCAAAGGAAGCGAAGGCGAGGAUCUAUCGGAGGGAAUCGAAGACCGGCGUCGCCUUCUUCUCCAACAUCGACUUGCUUCACGCCAAAGCAGCUAGCUGGAGGGACACGCUGCUGAUAAGGUCGGGUCCUAAACUAGCAGACCUGGAAGAGAUCCCGGAGGCGUGCAGGAAUGAGGUGAUUGAGCGGAAUCAGCAGGUCCAAUGGUUGGGAGGCCUCCUGAUGGUACUGUUGAGCGAGGGUUUAGGAUUGAAUCCGAGCAAGCUCCUGGAUAUGACGUGCUUGGAGAAGAGAAACAUGGCGGGGCAAUACUACCCGUGCUGUCCCCGGCCGGAUCUGACGAUCGGGAUCGUGUCCCACACCGACCCGGGAGUGAUCACAGUGCUCCUGCAGGACCAGAUCGGCGGGUUGCAGGUGAAGCACGGCGAUGAGUGGGUGAACGUGAAGCCCAUUCCGGGCGCUCUCAUUGUCAACAUCGGCGACCUCCUCCAAAUCAUGUCCAACAACGAGUACAUAAGCGCGGACCACCGAGUGCUGGCCAACACAAGCGGAGAACCACGCAUGUCGGUGGUGGUUUUCUACUAUCCGAGUGAUUGUGAAAGCCCGUUCGGACCGUUCCCGGAGCUUAUAUCGCUGGAGAAACCUGCUGUUUAUCAGAAAUUCAAGGUCGAGGAAUACCUGAAGACAUUCUACACUAACGAGUUAGAUGGGAAAUCUCUGAAAAAUUACUUCAGGGCUUGAUAUAAGAGGCAUAUAGGGUAAGUAGAUGAUGAUAAGAUGCUUCCUUAUUAUUAUUAAGAAGCAAUCGCUUAUCAAGUUGUAAGUUCGGUUUGGACAUACCAAAUUCCAAGCCAUUGCCCUAAUCCUAACAAUGUGUGUGUAACUAUAUUAAAUAACGAGUCAUCUAUUUUUCUCCA